ACAUAAAAAUAUGAACUUUUGUUAACAAUUGUGUUGAUAGACGAAGUAAGCUAGUGAAUUUGAAUUCCAAUGUUAGCAUAGAAUUUGUUAUUCAAAUAUUUCUUCUUCUCGGUCAGCUUUCUGCCUCUUUCUUCACCUGCUCGCUCUCUCUUUCUGCCUCUUUCUUCUUCUCCGUUAGCAUAGAACUCUCUCUCUCCUGCAAACACAUACUCGGAGGCAUGUGAAGCUGAAAUUUGUAGUUGAAAAAAUCAGCUGCGAUAUUAAAGAUUACGAAUUUUUAUGGGGCGGUGGUUUUUAUUCAGUUAAUUAAUGUAAUACUCCACCAACUGAAGCAGAUACUACUUGAUCUCGUUUGCGAAAUACUGCCGCCGACUGGUUUUUAAACUAUGGAUGGAAAUGGAAAUGGAAAUGAUAGGGCUCGAAAAGGUACCGCAGAAAUUAGCAUGAUUGGGAAUCAGAAUAGGACGGGUGAUAUGAUAAUUGACGUUUCUGAAGAUGCAAAACCUAACUUUUCCGGAGCAUCACCUCUUAGAGAGCCCAAUACUUCGGCACUUAGUGCUCAAAAGUCACCACCGAUGAGUUACGCCUCACCUGAAACUGUGAGGAUUAGUGCUAGUAAGCCUCCCAAGAUCCCCACAGCUGAGGGUCUCACUAGGCGAAAAUCUUUAUCCAGGUCUCUUUAUUCUAAGCCAAAAGCUCGAUUUGGUGAGCAAUCUGUGUCUCUUGAUGGUAAGAUGUUUAAUGAGAGUGGGCCAGAAGUGAAUGUGGUUCAUAGUCGGGGUGCUUCGCCUAAUCAUGUGAAGGCAGAUGCUGGUAGUGCUAGCGUAAGGGAUAGGACCGUGCCAGUAACUCCCAAAACCCCGCUUAUGAAUUCCUUUAGGGGACUCGACGAGGAUGAGGAAAUAUAUAAGAGGGUUAGCAGCAAGAAGAAGUUAAAGUAUAGGAAAGUGAAAGCCAAGGUUUUGGUUGAGUGGUUGAUAUUUCUUUUUAUUCUUGGCUGUUUGAUUACAAGUUUGACUGUUCAUAGAUUUCGAAACAUGAUGCUCUGGGGAUUAAGUCUUUGGAAGUGGUUUGCGCUUGUUAUGGUAACCUUUAGUGGCUUGCUGUUUACUGAAUGGCUGAUGAAUUUUGUUGUUUUGUUGAUUGAGCUAAAUUAUUUGCUGAAAAAGAAGGUAUUGUAUUUCGUUUUUGGCCUGAAGAAGAUUGUUCAAGUUUGCCUAUGGUUGGCUUUGGUGCUUAUCACUUGGGCUUUGCUGUUCCGGGAAGGGGUCGAUAAGUCGUCACAUGCUACUGCCAAGAUUCUGGAUCUUAUAACUUGGACUAUUGCUUCGUUGCUUAUUGGUUCGUUCUUGUGGCUGUUGAAGAAUUUGUUGCUAAAGAUCUUGGCGUCUUCGUUCCAUGUGAACACAUUCUUCGACAGGAUUCAGGAAUCAAUCUUUCACCAGUACAUACUAUUUUCACUUUCUGGCAAGCCAGUCAUGGAGGCGGAACAAAUGUUGGGGAGAGCAAGCAGUAAUGUAAGUCAUUUUAGUUUCCGUGUCAUGAAGAAAGAUAAGGAAGGCAGGGAAAAGAAGGAGAAAGAGGUGAUUGAUAUCAAUAAGCUGCAUCAGAUGAAGCAGGAAAAGGUCUCUGCCUGGACCAUGAAGAUGUUAGUUGAUGUUAUAUCUAAUUCAGGGCUCGCCACAAUUUCUAAUACUCUUGAUGAAAGCAUCUAUAAUGGGGGCAAUGAACAAACCGACAAGGAAAUAACAAACGAGGAGGAGGCAAUUGCUGCUGCGUAUCACAUUUUCAGAAAUGUUGCUCAGCCUGGUUGCACGUACAUUGACGAAUAUGAUAUGAGGAGAUUUAUGAUUAAGGAAGAGGUUGACAUUGUAUUUCCGAUGAUUGAUGUGGGCGAGACUGGAAAGAUUGACAGAAAAGCUUUGACCGAAUGGGUGCUGAAGGUUUACCAAGAUCGCAGAGCACUUGCCCAUGCUCUUACAGACACAAAAACUGCUGUAAAGCAACUGAACAAGCUUAUUACAGCGCUUUUAAUGAUCAUUAUUGUGAUUAUAUGGCUUCUCUUGACGGGGAUAGCGACCACCAAAGUGCUUGUUGUUAUGUCAUCUCAGCUUGUUGUGGCUGUUUUUAUGUUUGGAAAUACUUGCAAGACUAUAUUUGAAGCAAUUAUCUUCGUAUUUGUGAUGCAUCCCUUCGAUGUGGGUGAUCGCUGUGUUAUUGAUGGUGUUCAGAUGAUCGUGGAAGAGAUGAAUAUCUUUACAACUGUCUUUCUGAAGGCAGAUAAUGAGAAAGUGUAUUACCCAAAUUCUGUUCUGUCUAUGAAACCCAUAAGCAAUUUCUACAGAAGUCCAGAUAUGGGAGAUUCGCUUGAGUUCAGCAUUGAUUUCAAGACAUCAAUGGAGAAAAUAGGCUCUUUGAGAGAGAAAAUCAAGAAAUACUUGGAGAAAAACCCUCAGCUGUGGCAUGAAAAUCACAACCUCGUCGUUAAGGAGAUUGAAAAUGUGAACAAGAUAAAGAUGGCCCUCUUUUUCAACCACACCAUGAACUUCCAAAACUUUCCAGAGAAGAGCAGGCGCAGAACCGAGCUUGUUCUUGAAAUGAAAAGGAUUUUUGAAGAGCUGCACAUCAGAUAUGAUCUCCUUCCUCAAGAUGUUCUUCUCAGCGAUUCUAGAACACCAACAGAAACCAGCAAAUGAGCUCCCGUCGAACUGAAGAAACCAAUAGGUGUCCUCUCUAAGUAAGUCUGCUCUUAUCAGAUUAUGAUGAUGUGAUUGCUGUCAGAUUGAAGGUCAUACAGCAAGGUUGAAUUUGAGGAGAGCAAGAAGCACCAAUUUUUCCAUAUAUGGUAAUUUCGGGUUGUAAAUCAGUUUAGUUGAAGAAGUCGUUUCCUUGGGGGGACCUUUCUAGCUAAUUUCAUACUACUCCUCCAUUUACCUACCUAGCCUUUCUACUUUUUUACUACUACUAGUAGUACUAGUAUUUUUUUACCAUCUUACUUCAAAUCUACUAGUAUUGUUAGACAAUGAUAUCUAUAUGCUUGAGUAUUAAAAUUUGCUUCAUCUUUCCAAACAA